AUGCAGACAAGGCUCGCCUCCCCUCCCUUCACACACACUGCCAGGAGAGCUGUCUGUACACACUGUCCCUCCGCACAGUCCUCGGCCUUCUCUCGCGCUGCACACACUCCGUCUGCUCUCUCUGGACUUGGGCUUCGCUCGGAGACCCUUCUUGCCAGACUCCGGGAAUCUGCCAGAGUGCGAGCUCCCUUACGGCUGUUUUACCUAGGAUUCGCUCCGUACUCCUGCAGCCGAGCUGCUCGCCCAGGAUGAGCGAGAAGAUGAGCGUGAAGAUGAGCGAGCCCGUGUGGUUCCCGGGGUUCUGUGUCCUUCUGCUGUGGCUCUCGGCCGCGAGCUCCUACAACCUGGACACGGAGCACAAGCUGCUGUACCGCGGGCCCCACGGCGCCUUCUUCGGCUUCUCCGUGCUGCAGCACCAGCACGACAACACACACUGGAUCUUGGUGGGGGCCCCCAGGUCCAACUCGACCUUCAGCAGCUCCGUGAAGAGCCCGGGCGCUGUGCUGAAGUGCCGUGUGCGCAGCAACCCGGAGCACCGCUGCACCGAGAUGGACCUGGGCCGAGGGAACAAGCGGAGGGAGUCGUGUGGGAAGACGUGUCAGGCGGACCGUGAGGACGAGUGGAUGGGCAUCAGCCUGGCCCGACAGGACGGGACCGGUGGGAAAGUGCUGGCCUGCGCCCACCGCUGGAAGAACGUGUUCUACGAGUCGGAACAGAUCCUUCCCCAUGGCUACUGCUCCGUGAUUUCGCCGAGCCUGCAGGGCCACACGCGCGCUCUCAUCCCCUGCUAUGAAGCCUACAAGAAGACGUACGGCGAGGAACACGGCUCAUGUCAGGCUGGGAUCGCGGGCGUGUUCACCGAGGAGCUGAUUGUAAUGGGAGCUCCAGGGUCCUACUACUGGACCGGGACGGUCAAGGUGCUCAACUUGACCUCCGGUUCUUACUACUCCCUUGACAAGGGUGCUGCCAGCUCCGAGCGCUACAGCUACCUGGGGUAUGCGGUGACAGCGGGCCACUUCUCCUCGGCCACGGCCACAGACAUCGUCGGGGGAGCGCCCCGGGACGGGGGUGGAGGAAAGGUUUACAUCUUCAGAAUCGAAGGUGGUGCUCUUGUGAAGAUGUUCCAGGCCUCAGGGAGAAUGAUGGGCUCUUACUUUGGCUCCUCAUUGUGUGCAGUUGACCUGAACCAGGACGGCUUGUCGGACCUGCUAGUCGGGGCGCCCAUGCACAGUGAGCUCCGGGACGAGGGCCAGGUGGUCGUUUACCUCAACAGAGGCAGUGGCCUCAUGGAGGAGAUGGGGGUCUUAACAGGGGACAGAGCCUAUGAUGCCCACUUUGGCGAGUGCAUCGCCUCGCUGGGGGACAUUGACGAUGAUGGCUAUCAAGAUGUGGCCAUCGGAGCCCCCAAAGAAGAUGACUAUGCUGGGGCAGUCUACAUUUACCAUGGUGAUGUGGAUGGAGUCAUCGGCAUCUAUUCCACGAAACUCUCCGGACGUCGGAUCCACCCUUCCCUGCGCAUGUUCGGCCAGUCCAUCUCUGGCGGCGUGGACAUGGACCGCAAUGGAUAUCCAGAUGUGACCGUCGGAGCCUUUAUGUCCGACAACGUGGUCAUGUUGUGGUCCAGGCCCGUGAUCACUGUGGACGUGUCCAUAUUCCUGCCUCCGUCCAUCAGCAUCACAGCCCCAGAGUGCUCUGACAGCUCCCAGCACCUCAACUGCCUCAACGUCACACUGUGCCUGCGCUUCCAUGGCAAACAAGUCCCGGGGCAGAUAGAAUUGCUUUAUAACCUGACAGCAGACGUGGAAAAGCGGUCGAAGAGCCAGCAGACACGAGUGCUGUUUGCACUGAACGGGGAUCUGAUGGGCACUGUGAGCGGCGUGGUCCACCUGCUCAGUGGAAAGGAGGCCUGUCAGACCUACGUGGCCUAUGUCAGGAAAGAGGUGAAGGACGUCUUCUCGCCCAUCGUGUUCGAGGCAGCCUACGGCUUGGGCCGACAUGUAGUCGAGGAGCCGCAGGACCGGGAGCUGCCCCAGCUGUCGCCCGUGCUGCGCUGGAGGAAGGGCGACCGCAUGGCUCAAAGGAACAAGACCUGGUUUGAGAAGAACUGCUUGUCCGAUGACUGUGCUGCAGAUCUUCGUCUUCAAGGUCAACUGCUGCUGCCUGGGGUCCCCAGACGGCCCUACCUGGCCUUGGGCGGAGUCAGGAACAUUUCUCUCAACCUGUCUAUCUCCAAUGCCGGCGAUGAUGCAUAUGACACCAACAUCUUCUUCAACUUCUCCAGAGAGCUUUACUUCAUCAAGAUGUGGCAGAAGGAGGAGAAGGGCAUUUCCUGUGAGCUCGCAGAGCCUGAUUUCCUCAGGUGCAGCGUGGGAUUCCCGUUCAUGCGAGCGCAGACCACGUACCACCUGGCCGUCAUCUUUGACACCAGCCGUCUCUCUGGAGAAAACGACACUCUGCGGUUCCGUGUCUCGGCGCAGAGCGCCAAUCCGGAGCACGACAGCAAGCUGGCGGACAACACCUUGGAGUUGUCCAUCCCUCUGGUCCACGAGGUAGACACCACCAUCACUGGCACGGUGACGCCCGCCUCCUUCAUCUACGGUAACUCCAUGGACCCCGCCCGCUUCGUGCAGCUGGACGAUAUGGAGUGCAGCUUCCAGCCUCUGAACUUGACCUUCCAGGUGAUCAACAACGGCCCCAGCAGGCUGCCCGCGGCCACCGUGGACGUGCGCAUCCCCAACCGCCUGGUGGGCAGCGGCGCCGACAUGCUGCACGUGCUGGAGAGCCAGGUGGCAGGAGACCGGGGAAACUGCACCUCCCACAACAACCCGAUGCCCUGCACGGUGCCACAGGACCGCGAGAGCAUCUUCCACACCAUCUUCGCUUUCUUCACCAAGUCGGGCCGCCGCGUCCUGGACUGCGACCGCCCUGGGAGGUCCUGUCUCAUGAUCACGUGUGCAAUUGGGUCGCUGUCUAAGGAGGAGUCUGCAAGCGUGGACAUGCGCAUCCUCCUGAACACGGAGCUCCUGAAGAGGGACAGCUCAUCCGUAAUCCAGCUCGUGUCCCGGGCUGGCGUGCGGGUGGACCCUGUGGCCGUGGAGGUGCCCAGCGGCCUGCCGGAAGACGUCUCCGUGGUGUUUGAAGCUCUUCACAACCAGGAGCCUCGGGGGUACGUGGUGGGCUGGAUCAUAGCCAUCAGCCUUCUGGUGGGCAUCCUCAUCUUCCUGCUGCUGGCAGUGCUGCUCUGGAAGAUGGGCUUCUUCCGGCGGCGCUACAAGGAGAUCAUCGAGGCGGAGAAGAGCCGGAAGGACAGCGAUGAGAGCUGGGACUGGGUCCAGAGGAGCCAGUGAGCACCAGCGGCCUCAGCACAGCCUCCCCACCAGAGGGCCCCCCCCCCGGCGGGUUCCGGGCCUUUCCGCCUUCCAUAUGUGGAAAAAGAAAGCCUUCUGCAGACUCCACAUGCUUUUGGGGGGCGCUAAGGGUGGGGGGAGGGUCAGGUGAAGAACACGAGAAGCUGACAGCUGGGACCCAUUCGUGAGACGGACACGUGAUCCGUAGGGGGGAGCGCACCCCCGAAAAUAACAGUGGACUAGAGAAGGAACCUCUCAGGGCCGUCAAUGUUUCGCUACCGAGAUCUAUUUUUGUACACACCUGUGCCUUUAGUAUCGAACGUGGCUUCGGGUGGCGUCCGCCAGCACAUGCGGGAACGCCGCGACACGCCUCCCGUCUUUCGUACAAAGCACUGAUGACCAAUCGACGAAUGAGUGACACUUUGCUUUAGAGACCUGCGGUUAAAGUCACGCAGUGGAAGGAAACCCCGCGAAGUAGCGGCACCGCCAUCUCGCAGUCCGGCUUUUCAGACCAGAUGCCUCUCUGGCAUGUUUCCUCCAAGGCAGACAGAGGGCGCUUCAGCGAAGCUUCGAGAUCCUCACGUGGCCGGCUUGGUCCGAAGCUUCUUCGAACCAGGUGCGCGCUGGGUCUACGGCGUUGGAGCUCACGCAGCCCUUCCUGCCCCACACUGGACGCUGCGGAGCUCAGCUAAAGGAGGAAGACCAGGCCAAAGGGCGUGAUUAGGGGUGUGUGGCUACAGGGAAAUGGUUAGGGGUGUGGCUAAAUGGAGCCGAUAUGGGUGUGGCUAAAUGCUACAGUUAAGAGUGUGGCUAAAAGGUAUGGUUAAAGGAUGCAGUUUGGAUGCACUUAGACUUCCCAUCACGCCCUGCCCUGGGGGAGCCGGAAUGACCGUCUCUUCCUCCGUUACGCUCCUCGGUGGACACACGUCUGCCUGUAGAGCCCUCUGCUAAUGGAAACGUCACAAAGUUAAUAUCUCUGGUGGACGUACAUUGCAGGACUCUCUCCAAGGUGCGGACACUGUAGGAAGAGUAACGGCGUGAUGGGAUUUGUGAGAACUGGUCUGCGGGCUCGUGGCCGUUGCUACUGACCUCUGCAGGGGGCGGUAGAGAGCCUGUCGGCACCGUGCCUCGGGACGCUGCCGUCACAGGUGGGCGGGUGUCUGACCGGCUCCAGAUUGCACUGACACCUGGGAUUGUUUACUCUCUGUGAGGAGUUGGAAAGAAGGUGGGAAUUUGCGGUUGCUGUGUUGGGGAGAGCCCACCCAACCACCCCCCCAAACAGUGACCGCUUGUGCCACAGUGAGGCCCCGCCACGGUAUGACCGCGUGCCAGGCGGUCCAUUAGCACCGCUCACACCCCCGGCGCCCCUCCUCAUGGUUCACAGGGAGCUGGGUGUCAUGAGCUAAAAAUACAGCGCGCUCCAUCACCGUCUGAGUGCCGGCGCUCAUGGGAAGCGCUCAUGGGAAACGCUCCGCUUAAGUCAACAGGCUGGAAUGCGAGAGAGCUCCCCCUGGAGGUCGGCACCGUGACCGCGCUCCGAAACACUCGGCGUCGCAGGGCCCGGUGACUUCGCUGUGGUCGUCACCGGGGCCCAGAGGGGCCGCCUCACCCUGUGCUCCUCUAGGCCGUUGGCUGAUCGCUGCGGUGUCAGGAAUUCGUACCGAUGCCAUGAAGAACAGCUGAACGUCACUGUCCUGCAUCCCGUCAUCCACCAGGGAGGAGCGUCGUGACCCUUCCAGGAUGCGAGGACUGAACCCAGGUGUCUUUAAAACAAAGCGCUGUCACCGCCGUCACUCCUUUGCUCUUCUUUUCAAUGGAAAACUACUGUGGCUCAGUGUUUGGGUGUAAGAGUACGCUGUUCUCUCUGGCUCUUGUGCACAAGCUCAUGUAAAAGCUGUCUAUUUAUCGCUAUGAUACUGCAAAGGUAAAAUAAAGGAUUCACUAUG